UUAAUAAGUGUAGGCCGAGUUCGAGUGAUGCCAGUUCCCUCGUUUAAAAAAAAUGAUAAGAUAAAGGAUAACAAGGAUGGCGAGUAUUGUUUGUCUGUUAAAAGCCUCACCAAAGGGACAACUGAAAUAUGAAAGCGAUCCAAAUAUUGAAAAGGAAUAUUUUGACAAAUAUUUGUCACCACCAAAAUUGAGUAGGCCUCACCAAGAAGUCUCAUCAGAAAACAGUUUUUGUUACCAUGAUGAGGAUGAGCGAUACUCAGAAGACACUUCAGAAAGUGACAUUUCUGAAUCCAUUCGAAAUCUCCGAGUUGAGGUUACAUGUAGAAACGACAAAAGGAAAACACAAAAGAAAGUUCAAUUCACCACAAGAAACAACAGCUUAGUCCAUGAUAUGAGAAUACAAGUUGACAAGGAGAAGGCAGGUUUUCCCGAUCCACACAAUAAGAAUGGUCAUGAUAGAAAUUUAAAAAUCAGCUUUAAUGGUAGUGGAGGUGAAGCAAACUUCAAGAAGAAUGGAUGCGGAAUGUUGAUUGAGAAACCGUUAGAUCGUCCAUCCCUGAGUAAGGAGCAGACCAGGAAGAUCGUAGUGUCUCCAGAGUAUAACAAGAGUAGGCGAGACAUUCAGUUUUAUGAAGAGGAGCUCAAUAGCAAAGCUAAGAUGAAGCUCGAACAGAAGAGGGACCAGUUUAAGAAAGCUGAGAGGAGAAUCAAUGAGAGAGCAGAACAGAGGAUCAAUGAGUUUGAGAACAGUCGACUGGAGAAGGCCAGGAAUCAACAGCUGAUGCUAGAGCAGGAGGAACGAGAGAGGUCAGCAAAAUUAAUUGAAAAACAGAAAAAGAUAAUAAAAGAUCAUAUAGAGUAUGCAAAGAUGGUGGAACAGAAGAAAGAAAGAAUUCAGGAAGAAAUAAAGAAAAAAGAGGAAGAAAAGUUGAUGAUCUGGGAUAAAACAAAGACUAUAGUGAGUGAAUGCAAAACCAUCCUAGAUAGAAUAAAAACACUGUACACAUCUUAUGCAGCCAAACUGCCAGAGAAUGUUGCUAAAGCAGUUCACAAUGGCCAGCAGAGAUACCACAUGUCUCAGCAGAUCGUGGCUGUAGAGGAUAGGGUCCCAGACAUCAGCAACAAACAGCUGGUCACCAUCACGGAGAACUUCCGCCUCCUCUCAAACACGCUGGACUUUGUCCAACAGGCUAUCCAAGAAGUAAAGGAAAGAGAAAAAAGGGAAGCCGAGGCAAAGGCAGAAGAGGAAGCGAAGAAGAAAGCAGAGGAGGAGGCGGCCAGGAGGGUACAGCCACCCCCUGCUGUUGAACACCCAGGACAGCCUUUGGUUUCCUCCACUCCAAUACCUGGAGCCACUGGAUCAGGACCCCAGGGGGUGCCACCUGGGGCAACCGCCUCCCCAACAGCUCCCACAUCGGUUGCACAAGUCAGACCCGAAGAGGGUGAGGUACUGUGUGUGGAUGUGGUGGCUUUCCAGGAGUACACACAAUUACAGCAGAAGCUGAAGGACAUGGAGACAGCUAUACAGGUGCUGUCAUCUACCUCACAGUUGAAAAAGCUGAAGUUUGACCUCCAGAAGGCGGUGAACAUACCUGUGAAUGCUAUCUCAGCAGUAAGUGGGGCCCACCUGAGAGACAAGCUACAGCGCCUCCUGGUGUUACUCUCUGGCCAACAAGUGGAGAUAGCCAACAAAAGAGUCUCGGUCAAUGAGCACCCAGCGGCCUUGACCUUCUGUAAACACCUCAUUGCAAAGAUGGUAGUGAAAAAAGGAGAGGAGCAGGUCUCCUCGAUCUUUGAGUCAGCCUUUCCCCUGGCGGCGGUGACGGUAGGGAUACUGGCCGAACACCCAGACAUCAAAGACCUCCUGCUGGCACACUUCCAGCUGAUGUGUCCGUACACCGUCCCCUACCACAUCCCCCGACAGGAGGGACAGUCCACUAAGGAUGUCCAUAUAGUGAGAGGGUACAAAUACGACAGCGAUGGUAAUGUGGAGAAACAAGACAAAUUCCUGAAAAGGAUGUCUGGAAUUAUGCGACUGUACGCCUCUCUUAUGGUCUCUUAUCCACCAAGGCGACAAAGUGAACAUCCUUUUGGGAUUGAAAAUGCCUGGUUAUGGCUGUCAAGAGUGAUGAACAUUCAGCCGCUUCCAGACAUAACGGCUACCAUGGUGUUUGACCUUUUAGAGGUCACCGGACAUGCCCUUUAUAAGGAAUACAGAAAACAAUUUUUGAAAAUGCUUCAUAUUCUGAUUCGUGAAUUCCUUCCCAAGCUCAAAUCUGUGGCAUCUUCAGGGGGAGGAGGCCCUGUGUCUCGACUAGAGGCACUGAUCAUGGCUAGUAUACAGCGACAGGGACAAAUUCCACCACCAGAGGGCAUCCUGUCCCCAAACUUCUGGUUCUCUUGAUGAACAGAGAUUGAAGUAGUUUCUGUUAGUUGUUACCUGUGUUGUACUAUUUAAAAAAAAAAACUAUUGUUCCAAUGCCAAAAAUGUUCAUUAUCUCUUUCACCUUUAUUUCAUCAUUUAAGCAGUACAAUUAAAUAUAAGGUGUUCAUAAUCAAAUUAUAGCAUUCAAUACUUAUGGCUGCUGUCAUCUGGUUACUGCUCACUGUAAAAAUAUUGCAUGGUUUUAACAAUAAAGAAAGUCAGUUAUUA